AAAUAAUAAUCUAUAAAAAAGAUAAUCUUAUUAGUUAAAAUCAUUUAAGAAUGGUCUUUGGCCGUCUCUCAACUUGGUGAAAUUUUAUUUCAUAUCACAAGGCCUCUUCUUGAAGAUGUUUUUAAAAAAAAUAGUUCGAACAAGUCUUGACAUCCUGUGCUGUUCUCAAUUUUUUGCAAUUGCCAAAAUAAUACAAAGUACUGAAGAACUCAUAAAAAAAUUAAAAAAAUGACAGACCAAACCAGUGAGAAUGGUGAAUUUCAUCUCCACACAAUAAUUGACGAUUGGAGACAGUCAAUUUACAGGUUGAAGGUAUUGUGUUAAGAUGGUGGGGCGUGUCUCCAUGGGUACGCGUUAAAAAUAAUCGUCAGACAGACAGAGGGGAGCGCUGGUGGUGGGAGCGGCCUGUGCAGGAUUGGCCCAGCCGUCGGUCGGUCGGUCGUUGCAUGCCUGUCGGCCCUGGCCCCCCCUGCAACACCAGUCAGUCACGAGCCGACCGUUCAAUCCUGGAGACGAUCACAGAAAUGGACAGCGUGAGGCUGAUCGAUCUUAUCCAGCCGCAGGAACCGCUUUGGAACCCAAAAAAUCCAUUCUACCACAACAGGGAAAAGAAAAAUAUGCUUUGGACAUACAUUGCCGCAGAAAUGGGUUUCACACGUGAGGCGGUCAAAACGAAAUGGUGCAGUCUGAGAGAUUCGUUCAGGAGGGAGUUGAAAAAAAGGAGCGAUCCGGAUCACACGGGCCAAGGCUGGUCAUUGUUUGAGAAAAUGUCAUUUUUGACGAACGUCAGCGGCAUCCAGAAAGACUUUAACGACUACAGCUUCUCUCAACCGUCGAUGAACAGCCAUCAGUUCGGCGAGUACAUCGCGGAACCCGAACCGUCGACGUCCGACCAACUUUCCAUAGACGUAACCCAAGAGGAGCAAGACAACAUACCGAAGGAAAUGUACAUGCCUCCGUACGGCACGUCGAACCUCUACAAUAAGAUGAUGGUGACCAAGAGACUUCGGAAGGAGCAGAAGAAGGACGAGGACUACCACUUCCUUAUGAGUCUGUUCAGCUCGUUGAAAAGGAUACCCGCUCAAAGGAAACUAGAGGCCAGGAUCAAAAUGAUGCGGGUCGUCUCGGAGAUGCUGCAAGAAGCUCCGCCCAGACGGCAGAACGUUCCGCCUGCCAGCGAAACGGAAACGGACUUGCCUACAUCAAAUUUUUCCCAAUCACCCAUCGUUAAAGAAGAGUGCAUGUUUAUAAAUAGUCCUUAAAUAAAAGUUUGUGUAAAUAGUCAUGGCAACAGAAAAAGAGGCGUUCUCGCCAUUAUUUGCAUCCUUAAUGAAAGAAAGAAUCUUUCACCAUUUUGUUCAUGAAGGAAAAUUUCUUUAGCUUGUUUUGGUAUAGAAAAUGAAGAAGAAUGAUAAUCGUCUUCGACUAUUUCCUUUUUAAAAAUAUUUACUGGUGUUACCAACCAUCCAGAGAUUUUGUUUAGGUUUAAUCCCUCCUGUUCCCCCUUUCAUGAAAUAUUCAGUUUUUCUUUUCCGUUACGUUAGUUCCCCUCACGAUUUACUCAUUUUCAUAAAUAUAUGUAUAUAGAGAAGUUAUACAACACAUAAACAUAUGAAACAUAGGUUGAGUUAAUUUUAGACGCACAAAAGAGGAAAAAGGAUUAGUUGCGUUCUGAUGGGAUUUGACUCACCUAUGCUUUCUCUAUGUAAAAUCAAAGUGAGUCAGAUUUCAACAUAGGAAAAAGUGCGUUCUGUUUAUGUUAAUUUUGUUUUCUUCUGGUAAAAGUUCUACUAUAUUUCUCCUGAUGUUUACCAUUACAGUUCAUCAUUAUUCUUCUAAUUCAGAGAUUUAGAAUUUUAUUAUUAAUUCUCUUCUCAUUAAGUUUACAAUAAAUUAACUUCAUUAGAUUCAAUGGUGAGUGUAAAAUUGAUUUUUAUUAAACGAAAAGAAAUUGAUUAGUGUCUAAAAAAUAAUUUUAUAUUUUACAUCGUUUUUAAUUGCCUUUUAUUGUGUCAAUAUUGUGUAAUUUAGUUUGUUAUAAAAACUGAUUUUUAUUAGAAUUAAAUGAAUCACGAGAAUGUUCUCAAUAAUUUGUUUGUUAAAAAAAAUUUAUUUAAAAUUUAUGAAAAUAUAAAAAUCUAAAAAGAAAGGUCGGUCAAAUUUAAGCGAUUGCAAAUAGAAAAACGACUGACAAAUUACAAACAUAAAAACAAUGGAGGUUUUCAUGAAAUGGAUUUUCUCCAAUGGUGCGUCGAAAUCUGACACACCUAUGUUUGUAACAUGGGGAAAGCACAUGUACGUCAGAUUUGAACGCAACUAAAGCUUUUUCUCUAUGGUGCGUUUAAAACUGACUCACCAUGUAUAUAAUAUGUAUAUACCUGGAGAUAAAAAGACGUCUUCGACCGUGAUGUCGAUAGUGACUGAGGCGGGAAAGACAAGAGGACGAAGGAAAAAGUAGAGUAGUGAAGGGCAGUGUGACACAUGGCGUGUCAGCCUAAGUUUUGUCUGUAUAUUUGUGUGAAUAAUAAAAGAACUUUUUAGUUUCGUUCA